AAUAUCUUUCUGUUUAAAUUUCAACUUGACAACGUGAUGGUGUUAGACAAAACGGACAUAACUAAAUAAAACAAUUUACAAAAGUACUUAAAAGUGUAAAAUAAUUAUCAAAAAAUUAGUAUAAUUUCGUAUAAUCUUUGAGGAGCAUGAAUAUUGGGAUGGCUGAAGCUCAAAACGUAUUCAAUGUAUUGACCGAGGCUGAUGUGGCUACAAUUGUUGAAGAGGGUCAAAAUUAUUUAAACGGAGAAGAUUAUGCAUCAGCAGUUGAUCAUUUUGCUAAGGCUCUAGAGGAAAUUGUACCUAAAUAUGGUGAGGUACAUGAUGUUUUGGGGAAAGUUUACUUUUGUUAUGGCCAGGCUCUUUUGGGAUUCGCAAGAGAUGAAGCAGACGUUGUAGUUGAAAAUAUGGUUCCCAAGGAACAAAAUGGAGCUGAUUUAGAUAAUAUUAAAGAAGGUGAAGACGAAGAAGAAGAUGAAGAGGAAGAAGAUGAAGCUGAAGGGGAAGAAAAUGAAAAAAAGGAUGAGAAAGAUGAAAAAGAAGUCUCAGAUAAAUCUACAGAAAAUAAAGAUGAAAAAGAAAACAAUAAACAAUCCGAAGAUAAAGAAGAUUUAGAGGGUGAAGAUGGUGAAAAUAAUGUCGACAAUUUACAAUUAGCAUGGGAAGUUCUCGAAUUGGCUCGUAAAAUAUUCUUAGCAGAAGGUGAUAGUGGGAAAGAUAUGUUAGUAGAAACUUUAUAUUAUUUAGGUGAUGUUUCAAUAGAAAAUGAAAAUUUUGAGGCUGCAAUUGAAGAUUUAAAAGAAUGUUUAAAAUUACACGAAGAAAUUAAAGGUAAAACACGUCGUUUAGCAGAUAUUCACUUUAAAAUUGCAUUGGCGUACUCAAUGGGAAAUCAAUUUGAUGAAGCGAUAUCAAACUUAAAUGCAGCAGCAACAUUAUUGAAAGAUCGUAUUAAAACUUUAACCGCUGAGAAAGAAAAGACUGAAGAGAAUGAAACUGAAAUAUCAGAAAUCAAUGAAUUGUUACCUGAAAUUGAAAAUAAAAUCACUGAUGUGUUAGCGUAUAAAGAGGAGCAACAUAAAUCAGUAUUAGAGUUAUUAAAAGAUAGUGCCGCUAAAGGAGCAGGCGAAUCUAGUUCUAGUAAUGGAAAUGCCGUUGAAAAGGCAGCAUCUCCUGUAAAAUCUCCGGCUAAAUCAGCGAAUACUGUUGUAAAUGAUAUUUCACAUUUAGUUCGUCGUAAUAAACGACCCUCUGAUGAUGACGACGCUGAUGCAACACCACCUAAAAAGCCACAUCCACCACGAAAACCUACCCCAUAAUUGUGUUUUUUUUAACAAGUAACAAACAAAUACGACUUCCCCCCUGAAAAAAAAACUUUUUGUACUAACUAAUUUUUGUAUAUGGAUAGUAAGUAGAAACGUCUCACAAUAACAUAAAUUUUACUCAUAAUAUUGUUUAUUUUUGUAAAUUGUUUUAAAAAGAAACUUUAAAAUGGUUCUUGUAUACUGAUUAAUAACUUUUUGGUAAUCUG